CGACGCUGCCAUGAGCCCCAAGCUGGACCUCCGCGAGCUGCGAUCGCCGCCCCGCCUGCAGCUCGUCCGCUCGCAGCGGUCGCUCUCGACCAGCAACCUCUGGGUCUCUUCGCCGAUCCCGACGACCAGCGACGCGCUCUCGAUGCAGCCGCCGCCGCUCGUGCUCUCGCCGCCAACGCGCCCGGGCUCAUAUACCAUCGAUCGCCGCGUGCUUUUCUGCAUUAGCUGCGUGCUCACGACGCUGUGCUCGGGCGGCCUCAUCCUCGGGUUUGGCCCGUUCUAUACGACGCUCGUGGCCGAGCACCAGUGGCACGAGCUCUGCGAUUCGCCAGGCGUGUGCCCCAAGCAAGAACUUCGCCUCCAAUACACCUACUCGACAAGCUUCCUCCUCUUGAGCGCCGCCAACGUUGUCUUUGGGCUCAGCAUCGACAUCAUCGGUCCGCGCGUCUCGGCGCUGCUCGGCCUCGUGCUCGCGAUGCUUGGUAAUGUGCUCGUUUCCGUCGGGGACUCGAGCGUUCUCGACGGCGCCGGCAUCAUCGUCGGCUAUGGCCUGAUUGGCAUGGGCGGCAUGGGCCUUUUCCUCUCGUCGUUUCAAGUGAUCAAUCUCUUCGAGGCCCAAGGCAUUCCGUGCAGCAUCAUGUCGAGCAUCUUCAAUAUUUCUGCUUACGUCUACAUGCUCCUCAAACUGCCAGGGAUGACGCGCCACCACUUUUUCGAAGGCUAUGCAAUCCUCGUCGCGGUCUGUUUUUGCGUCUGCUUUCUCAUCUAUCCAGCGAAAAACAUCCACAGCGCCAAAGAACGCGUGCGGGUGCCGGGCGUGAGCUGCUAUAUUCCUCGUCCGCGGAAGCCAACGCUGCUCCUCGAGGGGCUCCAGCGCACGCUUCAAAGCGGUGAUCUCUGGCACUUUGCGUUCUACUUUGGGUGGCUCUCACUCGUCUUUUCGUUUACGGGCGGCGCGAUUCCCAGCAUCAUCGCCAAAACGGCCGCGGCCAAUGUCGCCAAGGCCGAUGUCUACAUCAACUAUGUCUUCCCGCUCGUCUCCAACAGCACGUUCCUCUUCGCGCCGAUCGUGGGCCACUGCAUCGACACGGUCGGGUUCCGCCGCGUCUUUGCCGGCUGCCUCUUCCUCACGCAGCUCUUUCUAUUGACGCUCCUCGUCCCGGUGCUCGAAGUCCAGCUCGUUGGCUUUCUCUUCAUGUCGAUUGCGCAGUCGAGUCUCUAUAGCCUCCAAUUCGCCUACAUCAUGAUUUGCUACCCCACCCGGCUCUACGGAACGCUGCAGGCGUUCAUUACGGCUGCCAGCUUCCUCCUUUGCUCGCUCAACUAUGGCAUCAACACGAUCGCGCAGACGUACCUCGGCGGUGACUAUACGUGCAUUCUGCUCUUUCUCGGCGUGCCCACCGUCCUCCUCUAUGCAUGCCAGCAUCAUGUCCGUGAGAUGAUUGAAGACGAAGAGUGUCAUUUGGUUUACGAAGAUGACGCCAUGUCCCCGCUCCCUGUUUAAUCCCUAAUCCUAUCGUUACGAC